AUGGUGAAAAUACUAAGCGGGCUCGACCCAGAGAUUCGUGAGAUCUCCGCAACCAUACGGGCACGCGACUCUCUAAUCAGCUAUGAGGAACUUUUUGAUAAGCUCCUUGAUCAUGAGCUAUUUCUCAAACAUGAGGACCUUAAGAAAACUACCACACAAGUCACAGCAGUUGUUGCUCAACGCAUCAUGAAUUCUUCACCAGCUCCACGCAACAAUCGACGCCCACCCAACAGUAACUACAACUGGCGUGCCCCAAAUAAGCAGUCCAAUCAAAACGCCAAUCCCCACUGGCGCAACUUUCCUAACCAAUCUGUUCAACCCCACGAGUUCGCUGUCAACUAUGCGACCACUUUGGCCAUACAACAAAUGUGCCUCUAUCACAUUACUUCUGAUAAUACUUCCCUUCACAAUGUUCAAGACUUCAAAUGGAUUGAGGAAGUAACAAUGGGUAAUGGUAAUGAGAUUCCUAUUACUCAAACUG